AUGUCUACGACAGAACAAGUCACUACCAUUGACUCAGAGGAGCAGCUCCUCGCAGAUCUAGAAGCAAGCAAGACACUCCCCUUGUGGAAGCAGAUGGCACGACUGAACCCUCCCGCACCCAAUCCAACCACCAUCCCCAAUGUGUGGAGAUACAAAUCGAUCCGACCAAAUCUCGAGCGAGCAGGAAAUCUUGUUCCCGAGUCUCAAGCCGAGCGCCGGGUCUUGAUGCUCAUCAAUCCCGCCCGUGAUGCACCAUAUACAACCGACACCCUCUACGCGGGUUUACAACUAGUCAUGCCAAACGAGAUAGCCCGCGCACACCGACACACGGCGGGGGGCUUCACGGCCGUGCACGGCCGCCGCAUUCAAAUGCAACGAGGCGACGUGAUCCUCACACCGACCUGGAAUUACCACGAUCAUGGGAAAGACGGCUCGGGGCCGAUGGUAUGGCUGGAUGGACUGGACUUGCCAAAUUUCCGGCACUUCCCCGUGCAUUUCGUACAGCAUUUUGACCAACCGCGGUACCCUGCGGCGGAUGUGGAGAGUGCAACUUCCCCGCUGGUCUUUCCGUGGUCGGAGAUGCGGGCGAGGUUGGAUGCUGAACCGGGGGACUGGGCAUAUUGUCGGUAUCUGAAAGAUGAUGGGCGCGAAGUGAGCCGUGUGCUCGGAGGAUGCGCAGAGCGGCUCUCAGCUGGGACAUCUGCGCCGACCCGUCGCGAGACCACAUCGGCCGUUUACCAUGUCGUCACUGGUCGCGGACGCUCGAUCAUCGACGGGAAGGAGUAUCUCUGGGAAGAAGGGGAUACCUUUUGCAUCCCGUCAUGGAACAGGUACCAGCAUCUGGCCGAUGCUGGGGUGGCGGUGUACCUGUACCGCUUUGAUGAUCGACCGAUGAUUGAUGCCUUGGGAUUUUACCGCUCAGAGGAGAUGGAUGUCGAGAAGCUUGUGUCGGACUAA